AUGUCAAGCGAUUGUAAGGAUAGCAAGGGGUCGGCCGCCAUCACAGCAUUUAAACAAUGUGUGUCAGGCGUACCGUUAGGACCGGCCAUCACUAAAAAGGCCGGUGAACUGAAGGCCAAAGGAAUGGACAGUUGUUCGCUUGAACUGAACAAAUUCAUGAAAAGCAACGAACAUGAUAAAAAGGACGAUAAAGCUCAGUUUAUAUAA